AUGGCCAACAUCACUCGCUCAUCCAAAGCCGGAAACGAAUGGACAAGCAACGACCUGAAUGCGUAUAACAUCAGCAUCACUUUCCAGGAUGCUCUAACAUUCUUUGACGAAACAGCCUUACCAGCACCCUCCGUUCACCAAGAGAUCCUCACGGCGCCUACCGCCGAUCAAUGCGUCCUACAACCUCCUCGCACAACUCGAACUCGCAAUUCUACCCUCCGACCCGGAGGAUUCGGCACGCUUUCCCACUCCUUUAGAUAUAUCCAUCGUCCUCGAGCCAUUCGCACACGCAAAAAGUUGCGGUUCUUCAUCUGCAGGGAGUCCAAGUAUUCUUUACUUGAUGUGUGCAUCCUUGAUCGGGAUACGGACGAUGUUAUCCUCCUUGUCCAAGAGGAUAAACAGUUGGGCCAGGGCGACGGGCAUGCUCGACUCGUUGCCGGGGCCAUAGCCGCGUUUCAGGUCGGUAAUGCUCAAAGGCGAGAGGUGGGACUUACUACAUUGGACAGCAGGACUCAGGUCAUCCCCGGUAUAAUCAUGGUCGGAACAUCUCCCACUUUCUUCAAGAUCCCAGUCACCCGACAACUGGCUGUAUGUGUUGAAUUCGGACGGUCCCCACUUGCUCCAACCAUCGUCACUGGGCAUGUCCCUGAUAUCCCACGUCCCAAUCGCAGGUUCAGCGAGGGCAUGAGACACCUUGCUAAUCGACGUGUUAUCCUGCAAUGCUACGAGGCUUUCAAGAAAUUUGUUGUUUGA